AUGACUGUAACCUCUUUGGCCGGGUUUGACGGCGGUGCUCUCAUGGCCGCGUCGGCCUCUUCUCAACUGUUCGUUAAGAUCAUGCAGCCAUGCCUGAUGGAUGCCGGUAUGUCGGCGACGGUACCUUUCGAUUUGGGCGUCGAUGUGAAAAGGAUUCUCAAGCUAGAUGUACAAGACGUGGUGGGAGUGGCCGGCUUCAAGAGCGCAGUACUACAGGGUAUUCGUGAGCCGGGUGGCCGGGUUGUCUGGGCCAUAAUGGUGGACAGAACGUCGAUGGCCAACAUUCAGUACAGGACCAUAAAAGAGCCGUGA